AUGGCAGACCCCAGUGGAUUCGUCACCAGUCCUCCUUCGACCUAUGUCAAGAUUAUCAACACGGCGCGGGCCGAAAUGAAUGGCCAGUUUGGAUUAGUGCUGGGGUAUUCUGAGGAACGAACCCGAUACGUCCUUGUGUUGUGCAAUAACGGGGCUCAGGCCAUGCUACGACCUGAAAAUUUGGAGCCCUGUUCCACUGUCGAAAAGUAUCAGGCGCAAUACCAACAAAUUCGGAACGAUCCAAGGAUCAAACAAAAGAUGACUGAACUGUACGGAAACGCGAAUCAAAUGCUGGGGGGACGUGCCAAACCAGAACAUGCCGCAGGUGCCAUGGGUGUCGUCUUUUUACUAUUGAUCUAUUUCGUUGGUUUCAGCAAAAUGAUCAUGCUCACCUCUCUCAUCAUGCUGGUGGGUUUGAUUGUGGCGCCUGACAUUCAAGCCUUUGGCAUUAAAAAGUGGAAGCUAAUCCUAAGAAACUUUCCAACCCGGUGUCGGGAAACCAUUGAACAAACGGUCCCACAAGCAAGGGGACGAGUGACCAACCCAAUGGCCUGUGGAUUUGUGCUCUUUAUGAUUCUCGUUGCCGGACGAACCUUGUUUUUGUCCAGUGGCAAAGCACCAUCCGUGGCGCCCAAUCCUCCCAUGAUGCAAGAGGCAACAAGAACCGCGACAAGAUCUCUACUUGAUACGACGACAACGACGACGACUGCCAAGAAUGCCAUUGAUGAAGCCUACAAAAUGGGAUACAAUGAUGCGACUUCCAGUCUUCCCUUUGGCACUGCGUCGUUAGCGGAACUCAAGGAACAAGUUUCAGCAGCAACUUCAGCAUCUUCCGUGCCUCCAACACAAGACAUUCUCUAUGAUUAUCCACCGCCACCACCGCCUCAGAAAUCCGGUGGUUUUGGAAUGGGCAGCAUCAUGUCCCUGUUCAUGAUUGGUAGGACCUGUAUGCAAAAUGGAAUGACGGGGGAUGGCAAUUUUGAUCCACAAUUGCUCCUGGCCAAUUUGCAACUCAUGCCCAUGCCACAAAAGGCAAUUUUAGGAUUCAGUGUCUUUAAUUUGCUGAGAGCCUUUUUGUAA